GACCGGAAGUCGCCGUUGUCCAGGAGACGCAGACCUAGGAGGAAGGCUGGGGGCUCGGGCGGAAGAGCAGGGGUUGCGCUUAAAGCCGGCGAUAAACGGGGGCGCUUCCCUCCGUCCACCGGCAUCUCUCUCCCCCUUCGCCUCCUGGACGGUGCAGCGGACCGAGAUGGCGGUGCAGGCCGCUCACUUGGAGGCGGACGCCUUCUUGGUGUGCCUGAACCACGCGCUGAGUACCGAGAAGGAAGAAGUGAUGGGGCUGUGUAUUGGAGAGACAGGCCGGAUCCUGUACACCUGUUUCCAGUCCAUUCAAGCACAAAAGAGCUCAGAGUAUGAGAGGAUUGAAAUUCCUAUUCAUGUGGUCCCUCACAAUACCAUUGGGAAAGUGUGCCUGGAGUCAGCUGUGGAGCUGCCCAAGAUCUUGUGUCAAGAGGAGCAAGACGCCUACCGAAAAAUCCAUAGCCUUACUCAUCUAGACUCAAUAACCAAGAUCCACAAUGGCUCAGUGUUCACCAAAAAUCUCUGCAGCCAGAUGUCUGCCAUCAGCGGCCCCCUGCUGCAGUGGCUGGAGGACCGCCUGGAGCAGAACAAGCAGAGGAUGCAGGAACUGCAGCGGGAGAAAGAAGAGCUGUUGGAGGAACUUUCUACCCUGUAGCGCUUGAGAACAAAGGCCCUCGUGGCUUAGGGAGCAGAGCGAGACGAUGGGUUCCUAAGCCUGGCCGGGGCCCUGCCUUGACACUUUCCUCCUCCGUUCCAUCUCGUAGCAGACACUGCCACAAAACGGGAAGGACCCUGGGCACAAACGCUGUUCCGUCAAAGGGAGGAUCGGCCUCCUAGAGUAGAUCAGCUGCCUUUGCAGAAGAGCAAACCUCUGUCUUUUGCAGAUGGGGGGACUCGACUUCAUCCUUCACGCAGCUGCCGCAGGAGAGUCGGAGGAGGGUGCAGCUGCCCUGACCUUGGCAUGCACCCUGUAACAACAAACUAAUCUGCACUUGGCGUGGACUGGUAAUGUUGAGGUUACAGGGAUCCUUUUGUGUCUGCCUCUUCCCAGGAGGAUCUCUGUCCCUAUUAAGCUUUUAAAAACUGGAGUGAUUGAUGGAUGCUUGUGAAGCAGUAGUCAUGCUCAUGUUCUGUCUUUUAACCUAAAUAAAGUCAA